CUCGAUCAUUUUAUGACGAUACGACACAAGGGGCGAUACACCCAAAGGAAAGGGAGAGGAAUAGGAGUGAGAGGAAACAGCACGGUGCUUGCAUAAUAAUUAUGAAACCGAAUAGUCGGUGCCAUUCUACCCUAUGUUCUGGUAGUAGAUUAGAGAGAAAUUGUGUGUAUGUGUGUCUGUGAGAGGUAAUGAUACAGAGAAAGAGAAAGAGUGUGUGUGAUUGAGGCAUAUGAUAAUGAUGAUGAUGUGAUUUAUAGGGGGUAGUAAGUUUAAUGACAAAAUAUGGGGUUCUCCCGAGUAUAGUCUUGAGCAAUGAUGCUAUUAUGGUGUCAUUGUUCGUAACUCCUUCAAAGGAAUUUGACAAGCCUGAGGUUAGAAAGUUGUGUUGCCUAGAUAUAAAUACCCUCAACUCUUUUUUGCCCGGUUUCCGUAGUAACCAUCUUCCAACUGUCAACCAAUGCUACCAGCAAACUUGGUCUUGCGCUUCAUCCGACACUGAUAGCCCAGACCUGUCUUCGUAUGCUUCGCCCUCGUUUACACCAGCUUCAUCACCUCCAUCAACACCCACAGCAAUUGUGCCACCUCUCGAACUCCAUCAACACCACCGUCCAUCCUCUUCUUCGUCUUCUUCUACCACCACUAGUCCUUCCGCAGUUCCUCAUCAACAGCAACAACAUCCCCGCUCCGGUCCUCAAACGCGAACACCUUGGACGCAACAUGAAGACAAUCUUCUUCGACGCGGUUACGACCAAGGUCUAUCUUGGGCCAUGAUUUCCUCUACCUAUUUGCCUCACCGCUCGCGUGGUUGCUGCUGGGGCCGAUUCAAAACAUUGCAAGCGAAAGCGCUAGAACGACGCGAUUGGGACGACACUGAAGAUCAGCUUUUACUCAUUGCCAUGAAGAAGCAUGCUCGGUUAUUCAAGUUAGCGUGGAAGGCAGUAUCGCAAGACAUGCCCAAUCGAUCGUGGCGAGAGUGUGAAUCACGUUCAUUCAAGGUUGCUUCAGCAAAUGUGAUUCGGAAGAGACAACUCUUUACUACCCCUGCCAACGUCAUCUCUUAAAACACUUUUUUUCUCUUUUUUGUGUUACCUUUUAUUACGCCUGCAUCAGCAAAACAUAUUAUAUAACUUUUACCCUCUUUACACACUCACGCACACGCAC